AUGGCACGUGGCAGUCCCAUCCAGUUCUAUCUCCCGGCGUUCUAUAUUUUCUGCGCUGUCCUUCUUCCCAUAGUAGCCUUGUCCGGUAGCGUGCCACUAGACAUCUACCGCAAUGGUUUUCGGUCAAAGGAUCUACGGGUGGCGCGGAUGUUCGGCGAGCAUGAUACUACGCUCUUCGAAGAACCAUUUUAUGCAAAUGCGAACGGAUCGCUGAGAGUAUAUCACCCGAGAAGACUGGCCAUUAUCGCCGGCAUUGGCGGCAUAUCUAUCGCACAUGCCUUCAGCGACGAAGAUGGUCUUCCACCACAAGUAACGAUUUUUGAGCGCGAGCCGCGUCUCGGCGGUCGUAUCCACACUGUCUCCAGUUACGACAAAGCCAGCUCUGGCUUCGUCGAGACCGGCGGAGGCACAUUCUCUACCCUUGACCACAUAAUCAAACAAGCUAGUGAUGUGGGAGCUGAAGUCGGUCUCGCCUUUCAGGGCAAGGAUCCUCUGGCCCUCGUGAGUAUCUGGAAUGAUGGACAGAAUUUCACACGCAGUGAGGUCGACGAAGCCCGAGCAAACUUCCAGGCCCUGCCGAACUAUCAGGCCCUGGAAUACUAUCUCAGACUAAGUGAGACCGACGAGGCCCGGUUGAACUUUGAGACCCUCGCGAACUAUCAGGACCGGGUGGAUUAUCUACCGUGGAAAACUGAGGAUAUCUUUGAUCUCGAAGAUCUCCAAAUAUCGUUAAAAUGGUAUGUUCGGAGAGGGUCGUGGCCUCACCUAGGUCCUAAUAAGGAUGUUCUGCGUCAAUUUGCAAAGACCUGGGGGUUCCCUGUGAAUCCACAGAAAGAAUUCCACUCUACCGAGCGCUUUCUAAGACGAAUGGUGCGAAUGGCUGACUCCAGGCUAAAGCUCAACUCGACCGUGACGCGAAUUCAACGACAUGAAGAUCUCACCUUCGAUGUGCAUUGGUUGCACAACCAUUCUACGCAUGUCGAAAGCUUCGACGCCGUGGUCAUUGCUGCUCCUUUCCACCAGGCGAAUUUUGAGAUCGACCCUCCACUACCAGCCGCAGCGAUUCCAGACGAAGUCGCAUACAAGUCACUACAUGUCACGCAUUUCAUAUCCCGAAGGGGCUUGGAUCCGGCAACAUUCAGUCUCUCUUCUCAGGAGACGGUCCCUGAUACAAUCUGGCGUUUCGAACCACAGGAUCAGCAGCGCGCCUCUUCUUCUGCUCCGCCCUUCGUAUCCCUUAGCCGACAGGACUGGGUCUACCAGAAUGGCUGCAUGCCUGAAUAUGAAAAUCUCUACCGAGUCGUCUCCGAGCAGCCACUUUCCGACGAUGACAUCGCAACCCUGCUAAGGAAGAACGGAACCGCGCGCGAAGACAUCACAUUCCCAGACCAGACUUGCUUUCCCGUGAAGGGUGAUAUGCUCUUCGGUGAAUUGCCGCCGGACCUGCGCGAUGAGUUCGCCGCCAAGCUCGCCGAAAUCAUGUCUGCAAAUGAAGAGCCACUUGAAGGAUCACUUGGGGCGGUAUUAGGCUGCAUAAACGGUGAUCCUGAUGUGCGGUGGUCUCAUCGGCAGUUCUGGCCGAAUGCCGUGCCUGUCAUAGAUCAGGGAUACAAUCCGGGACGUCGUGAGAUGGUGCCAAGAUUGUUUUAUGUCUCUGGGUUUGAGGGAACAGAGGGGGCCUCAAUUGUGGGGAGUGUUGACAACGCGAUGCAUGUAAGAAAUCGUCUGUUAUAUGACUACAUGAGCAACUAG